AAGCCUUCGUGUUCCCAUGACCCUGCCUCUGUGAGAUCAAGAGCAGCGCUCCCCCUUUCUCCUUGCUCCCACAGUUGCACUGAGAGCAGCAGGCUCGGAGGGCAGCCUCCUGGCAAGGUGGAAGGAGGGGACAGCUUCCAGCUGUGGCCAGCCACCGAUGGGAUGUGAAAAGGGUGGGGAUGAGCCUGACGAAGGAAUUGGGAAAACCAAGAUUUCAGCAGACGGGUGGCUUAUUUUUUUUCUAGUGCUUUGGAUGUUUAGGGGGUGGGACUCUGAGCUUGGCAGCUUGGCUAAAAGGUCGGAGCAAUGCACUUGCAGGAGCACUUUGCUAGACAAGCUUCUAGUGUAUUGGACAGCACCUGCGGAAUCAGCAACCUGAGCACUUCACAGCUGACCCAAUCUUUGGCACAAGAAAUCAGUGGUAGCAAGAUCUGAAACAGACGCGCCAGUCAACAUGAGCACAGCAGGCAAAGUUAUUAAAUGCAAGGCAGCAGUACUGUGGGAAGCCAAUAAGCCAUUUUCUAUCGAAGAAGUGGAAGUUGCCCCACCAAAAGCACAUGAAGUUCGCAUUAAGAUCUUGGCCACAGGGAUCUGUCGCUCCGAUGACCACGUGGUAACUGGAGGACUGGUUAUGCCUUUUCCAAUAAUUCUUGGGCAUGAGGCGGCUGGUGUUGUGGAGAGUGUUGGGGAGGGAGUAACUUCGUUAAAGCCAGGAGACAAGGUCAUUCCACUCUUCAUUCCACAGUGUGGGGAAUGCAGCGCUUGCUUAAGCUCCAAGGGUAAUAUGUGCAUUAAAAAUGACAUUGGUUCAGCUGCUGGCUUAAUGGCUGAUGGCACCACUAGGUUUACCUGUAAGGGAAAACCAGUUCACCAUUUUAUUGGUACAAGCACCUUCACUGAAUACACAGUAGUGCAUGAAACUGCUGCAGUCAAAAUCGAUUCUGCUGCUCCUCCACAAAAAAUUUGUCUGAUCGGCUGUGGAUUCUCAACUGGUUAUGGGGCUGCUCUGCAGACUGCAAAGGUGGAAGCAGGCUCUACCUGUGCUGUCUUCGGCCUUGGAGGAGUUGGCCUCUCUGUUAUCAUGGGCUGCAAGGCGGCUGGAGCUUCUCGCAUCAUUGCCAUUGAUAUCAAUAGUGACAAGUUUGCCAAGGCCAAGGAGCUGGGAGCCACCGACUGCAUUAACCCUAAAGAUUACAAGGAGCCCAUUCACAAAGUGCUGAUUGGAAUGACUGGCUAUGGCGUGGACUACUCCUUCGAGGUCAUUGGCCGUAUCGAAACCAUGGUUGCAGCCUUGGCCUCAUGCCACUACAACUAUGGAGUCAGUGUGAUUGUGGGAGUGCCCCCUGCAGCACAGAAUAUCACUUUUGACCCCAUGCUCCUCUUCAGUGGUCGCACCUGGAAAGGGUCUGUCUUUGGAGGCUGGAAGAGUAAAGAUUCAGUCCCCAAGCUGGUUGCUGACUACAUGAAGAAAAAAUUUGUUCUGGACCCAUUAAUAACCCACACCCUUCCUUUCAGUAAAAUCAAUGAAGGAUUUGAUCUGCUAAGGGCAGGGAAGAGUAUUCGCAGUGUCCUGACGUUUUAGGAUUCCCAAAUGAUAAACAGCAGAUGGCUUAGCAGCAGCACAAACUUCAUUAUCCUCCAAUACAACGGAUACAAAUUGUGAAAUAAGACAUUUCUGAAUGAUCUGCCACCACCACCCUUGAAUAAAAGGAUCAAGCUCAACAUCCAGACUUCAAGCACAGCAUUUAGAAAGAAAAUAAUCUUUCCUUCUACUUCAAAGCAGGAAUCAGGAAAAAUCUCUGUAUUGUGCAGCAAUUUUCUUUUAAUAGCCAAUGAUACUACCAUACUUGCUUCUGUCACAGGUGUUGUGAAAGGUUUGGCUUUAUUUAAACAGCUUUUAACAGGCAAUCUUUUAAUAAAAGAAAAAAAAAAAAGCAAGCCGUUUCUUUGGAUCUUAAUAAAGCUGCAAGUUUAACAGCUCACCCACCAGGAAAUUAAAGUACUGCUCAGUAAAACUCUAGGUUGGAACUAAGUAUCCAUCCUGAAUGAUUUUAGCAUCCUCUUAUUCCAUUACCUGAUAAGCAAGGAAAAUACGGCAGAGAUUAGGAUUUCUGGGUGAUGUGUGACCGUGUGUUUGAAAUAACGAUUUCAGUAAAUCAUAAACUGAUGUACUAGAGAAUCGCUCACCGAUGAAUAUUUUACCAAAUUAAUACUUCCAAGCAUUUUAUGAAGAAUGGUUGUGUUAUAUUUUGUUUUUUAAAUUGUGUACCUUUUCAGUUGUUUUAGAUCUGUUGCCAAUCUACAUAGGUGUGUCUGAUGAUUGGAAAACUGAGAAUAAAUAUAUGAAUGUGCAUC